AUGAUGGACGACGAAGCUUCCGUCGGGAUUGGCUCCCCUCGAGCCGGUUCUCGAAGACACGGCGGCAAAGGGAAACGAAGCAUCGGACAUCAUGGCGACGCCAGUUGGGUCAGCUGUGUGAUCAACUUGGUCAACACAAUUAUCGGUGCCGGUGUUAUGGCCAUGCCGCUGGCCAUCUCUCACAUGGGAAUCGUCCUCGGUGUCUUUGUGAUUCUGUGGUCAGGAAUGACCGCAGGUUUCGGUCUAUAUCUCCAGUCUCUAUGUGCCCGAUAUCUCGAACGAGGCACUGCAUCCUUCUUUGCCUUAUCCCAGAUCACCUAUCCUAAUAUCGCUGUCAUCUUCGAUGCCGCCAUUGCGGUCAAAUGUUUCGGAGUCGGUAUCAGCUACCUCAUCAUCAUUGGCGAUCUGAUGCCGGGCGUGGUUCAAGGAUUCGUUGGAGGUGCUCCCGACUAUGACUUUUUGGUGGACCGGCACUUCUGGGUAACAGCCUUCAUGCUGAUUGUUAUCCCUCUCUCGUACCUCCGUCGCUUGGAUUCGCUCAAGUAUACAAGUAUUGCAGCUCUGGUCUCGAUGGCCUACUUGGUGGUUUUGGUCGUAUACCACUUUGUGAAGGGGGACACCAUGGAGGACCGUGGUCCGGUUCGAGUGAUUCACUGGGCAGGCCCUGUACCUACCCUCAGCAGUCUGCCUGUGAUUGUUUUCGCGUUUACAUGCCAUCAGAACAUGUUCUCAAUCCUGAACGAGAUCGGCAACAACAGCCAUUUCCGAACCACCGGUGUUGUCCUGGCCAGUAUCGGCAGUUCUGCCGCCACUUACAUUCUUGUGGCCAUUACUGGGUACCUCUCCUUUGGAAACAGUGUCGGCGGAAAUAUCGUGAGCAUGUACCCACCGGGUCUUUGGGCCACGAUUGGCCGCGCUGCUAUCGUCAUGCUUGUCAUGUUCUCGUAUCCUCUUCAGUGCCACCCGUGCCGGGCCUCCGUUGACGCAGUGCUGCGCUGGAGGCCCAAGUCCUCGUCCAAUAGCGACACCUCCCCUCACCGGAACCCCCUCCUGGGGCAGAGGGGCGGCCGGACUGCGGAGCCGAUGAGUGACCUCCGAUUCUCGAUCAUUACGACUACCAUCCUUGUCCUGAGCUACAUUGUGGCCAUGACUGUGUCUUCCUUGGAGGCCGUUCUUGCGUAUGUCGGCAGCACAGGAAGCACCAGCAUCAGCUUCAUUCUCCCCGGAUUGUUCUAUUACAAGAUCUCCUCUCCCGAUUCGCCCCACCACCAGCGUCUGAUGAAAGAAGACGACGAAGCAGCGGAAGGUAUGCUAUCCGAUGAUAGCAAUGAUGAAGACGGAGAAGAGAGCGUGCAGGCACGCCCCCUAACCGACAGCGGCAUCCUCCGCCGAGGAAAACGCAACUGGCGCCGAACCCUUCUACGAAAGUUAAGUUUGGCACUCGUAGUAUACGGGGUGGUGGUUAUGGUCGUAUGCCUGAUCACGAACUCUGUUUUCAUUGCUUCUCACUAG